AUGUCACAUUUCUCUGAAUAUAAGGACACAAUCCAGCCGGGAGACUUGGCACUAGUAUGGAUAACGAGAGACAAUAUUAAACCCCUAACAAUUACUCCUGGGGAAGCUUUUAAUACCCGUUAUGGUUCCUUUCCUCAUGACGAUAUGAUUGGUAAGCCUUAUGGAUCGCAAAUAGCCGUGAGGACAAAAGGUUCAGACCGGUUUGGUUUCAUUCACGUCCUCCAACCGACUCCAGAAUUGUGGACUUUAUCCCUACCCCAUCGAACACAAAUUGUUUACACACCAGAUUCAUCAUAUAUUAUGCAGCGCCUGCAAUGCGGACCAAAGUCUCGCGUAAUCGAAGCCGGCACUGGCUCUGGUUCCUUUUCUCAUGCAUUUGCGAGAUCUGUUGGCCAUCUAUUUUCUUAUGAAUUUCAUGAAGUGAGAUAUGAACAAGCUAGAAAAGAAUUCGAAGAACAUGGACUACUGGCAGACGGUAACGUUACAAUAACUCAUAGAGACGUUUGUCUGGACGGAUUCACCAUCAAAACUGGAGAUAAAACCACGUUCAAAUUAGAUGGAACUUCUGGUAGGGAUAGCGCAGAGAUUGGUGCUGAUGCUAUCUUCUUAGAUCUACCGGCACCAUGGGACGCUAUUCCGCACUUAGAUGAUGUGAUAACUCCAGAUGCCAAGGUAAGGUUGUGCUGCUUCUCGCCCUGUAUUGAACAAGUUGACAAAACCCUUGAGGUUUUGGAGAAAUUUGGCUGGACUGAUGUUGAGAUGGUUGAAAUUCAAGGAAGACAAUAUGAAUCGAGAAGACAAAUGGUAAGACGGCUCGACGAUGCUUUGGAAAGGCUGAGAGAUGUACGCCAACGUAAGCAACAGGGUGUAGAAAGACGGAAGAGAAUGUACAGCAAGCUUCUGAAUAAUGAGGAAGAGACCUCCGAUGUUAGACCGACAACUACUAAAGCUCAAUUCAAUCCUUUCGGGAAAGGCUCUAGAGUAAAAGAAGGUGAUACAAACUUUCAGUGGAAAGAAGUGUCCAAAAUUGAACCAGAAAUAAAAUCUCACACAUCUUACUUGACUUUUGCUUCGAAGAUUAUGAAGAAGGAAAGGAAUGAAGAGCUCACAGCUCAGAUAAUAGAACAACACAAAUAUGUUAAUCCAGAUUCAUCACAACCAAGUAAAAGGGAGAAGAAGAGACAGGCGAAGAAAUAA